UCCUGUUGUUGGGGUGGUGCGCUCAGGACAAGUCAGAACGACAGAGUGUGGAGGGAGUGAGAUUGAAAAAGAGAGGGCAGGACAGAGGAGGGAUACUGAGGAAAAACAACAUUAUUACAGAGGAAAAUGGGAAUAGCAGCCAUCCUAGUCACCGUCUUGUGUAUGUGUUCACUCAGCUUGAGUGCUUCGGACGGCGACACCAAAGUUGGAGAUCCUGUCGACGCAACACCAACUGAGAUCCCAGAGACUCAGGGGAAACAGGCAAGAGGAGAUGUACCGGAGGAGCCAGAGCCAACCAGUCCUGUCUCAGAUUUUGACAACACAUACAACUAUAUUUUGUCCAGGCUGUCAGCGAUGGAUCAGGCCAUCCACAGACUGAAUGUGGGCCACUAUACACUGGACGUGAAGGUGACCCAGCUGGUGGAUAGAGUGUCCCAGCUGGACGGCACCAUUGGGGAGGUACAGGACACCAUGCAACAGAUAUCCCUCCUCACCAAGGAGAACCGCAAAGAGAUUGGCCGCUUGGAGGGAUGUCAGAAGGGCCGGCGGGUGGGGUAUAAGUGCUAUCUGAUCUACCGCACAUAUGAGACGUACCCAGGUGCAGCUCAGAAGUGCAUGGAGCGGGGCGGCAGGAUGGCCAUGCCUCAGGACAGGAAGGAGCAGGAAGCCCUGGCAGACUACGUCAAGGCUUUCUUCCAGCCAGGGAACUGGCCUGUGUGGCUGGGCAUCAAUGACCUGCGCUCUGAGGGACUCUACCUGUUUGAGGACAACACACGAGUCACCUACUUCCAGUGGCGCAAGCACUUCCUCUCCAGCCAGCCGGACGGAGGCAAGCGGGAGAACUGUGUGGCCAUGGCGUCAGAUGAUGGGGACUGGUGGGACAACUAUUGUGACAGGAACAUGUAUUACCUCUGUGAGUUUGAUGCCUGAUCCUUUUUCUUCAAAAGUAUCAGAAAUGUCAGAAAAACAAAUCCAGCCAAGCUUGUCGACAACUUUGAGUGGAUAGUCUAUCAUGGGUAGUCAUGUGUCUUAUUUCAUGUAAAAUCUUUUUUUUUAAAGCAAUAGGGGAUGCCGCUGAUCGACAAAGAAAAUGUUUACUAGCUGAUGGUGCUCUUGUUGAAUAAUAAUUCACAACACAUUUAACAUACUGUACACAAGUUAGACAGAUGGUGCUCAUAUUAAUCCACACUGAAAAAAGAAACAUACAGAACUCAUUACUCACAGUAAGCAAAGCCAGUCUCUUUGGCUGAAUACUUUGUUUGGAUCAAAGACUCACACAAUUGUUUUUAUUAUCAAUAUAUUUAUUAAAAGGUAUCAUGAUUAAAAGUAUACCAUUUACUACUGUACUUUUUCACCGUUAGUUUAAACCCAAGAACAGCAUAGUUCUAGUACAAAUAUUGUGCAAUAAAAUAUUUGAAAAGGCUCUUCA